AAUUGCAUUCAAUGCUGCAAAUAGACCAAAAACCACGGAAAGACAUAGUAUUUGUGUAUGAAAAUGGCUUCAAACGGCAUCGAUGUUUAUGUGAAAUUACCUAGCGGAAAAGCGAUAGAACUGAAACAACUUCCGGCUAACACGGUUCGCGACAUCGCACGUAAAGUAGCGGAAAGUGAAAAAGUACCGGAAAGAAGAGUGAGACUUAAAUACCAAGGAAAAACUCUGGAUAAAAAUAAAACCAUUGGAUACCUUGGAGUACGCGCGGAAACAAUUUUAAAGGCAGAGGUAAUAUUUCCUAAGAAAGUUCCUGUCAGUAUUCAAGAGGAAGGGAGUGAUGCGGUGCAGCUAGAGGUUGAGACGACAGACACACUGGCACAGCUUAGGGACACUGUUAGAGACAUCACGGGCAUUGUCACACACGAUCAGCAACUCAAGGUGUCUGGUGUAUUACUGACCGGCGAUUCUGCCAUCCUGUGCGACUGUGGCGUCACGGAGGGAUCCGUCAUUUCGGUUGGUCGUGUAUUAAAGUCAGAUGCGGCUUCCCCUGACCAAGAGGACGAGGUGGUUGACGAGGAGACCCGACAACGGUUGCUAGGGACGUUUGAUGCAAGCGGUCGUCGGGUUGACGUCGUUUUUAGCUUUGACACCACCGGAAGCAUGUCAAGCUGCCUUGCCAAUGUAAGGCUCCAACUUCGUGACUCAUGCACGCGGCUUCUUCGGGAUAUCCCGAAUAUUCGGAUCGGAAUUAUUGCUCACGGCGAUUAUUGCGACUACGGCACCUACGUUGAACGUCACAUUGAUUUGACAAAUGACGUAAACGUAUUGGAAGACUUCGCCAAGAAUGUUCCCUCAACAUGCGGCGGAGAUUCACCCGAGGCGUAUGAAUGGGUGUUAAGACGGGCCCAACAGCUAGACUGGGCCGAGGACAGUGCUAAGGCCCUGGUGAUAAUCGGGGACGACGUACCCCAUACCGUUUCCUUCACCGACCAACACGUGUUCUGGAAAGACGAACUAGAUGUGCUUACAGGCAUGGACGUGAAGGUGUACGGCGUGCACGCUUUAUCUACAACCCAUGGCGAACCUUUCUACAGGGAGCUAGCCGACAGAUCGGGGGGUUACUACCUCAAACUGAAAGACCUGAAGUUGAUCACCGACAUGUUUCUUGCAGUGUGCUACCGGGAGGCGGAGGACGGGCGGCUCGAGGCGUUUGUGGAGGAGGUGGAGCGGGAGGGCCGGAUGUGCGAGGACACUAAGGACUUCCUCGACGCUCUUGAGGACAAACCCACUUCCAGUUCCAAGUCAACGUUAGAAAACGUUACGUCAAAGCGGUGCAUCAGCGAGGCGUGGUGGGAUCCGAGUCUGGACCGAGCCUCCCAGCCAUCGUACGCGUACGACUUAGAGACGGAUAAGUGGCGGCCCUACAACGCCCCAAGAGCCUCCUCUUGUUUAUCGACCCCGAUUCCCGAAGUUCGUCGACGGAAGAAAUCUUUUAAACGAUUUUUGUGCUUCUGUGGAAAAUGAGAACUAUUUCGUGAAAAAAGGAACACUUAUUUUCUGUUUUCAUUGUAUAUAGCCGAGAUGCGCACCUGACCCGAGAUCACAGUAAUUUACCCGUAAAACGAUGUUUUACCCGUAUAACGAUCUGGUAUCAUUAAGAAGCCCAAACGUGAUGAUUAUAUUCGCAAUCCAAAAGGAUGCAUAACUUAUGUGUUACAUCUGCAAUAUAUGUCUGUGUAAUACGCACAUGUGAUUGACGCAAGGUCAGCGCAUCCAACUUGCAGAUGCAGUCACCUGUGUUGCGUUUAAUCGUUAAUUUGUUUCAUGUAUAAUUCGUC